UAGGCCCUGAAGGAUGGAGACCAUCUAGAAGGUAGAGGCGAACCUGGUGCGUGGAGUUCAGAGAACCAUGAAACCAUUUAGGAGCCUUUGUGAUCAAAUAUAAGGAGCAUGUGAAUGAGCAAGAACUUGGAGGAAGACAGCAGAGAGAGAUCAGAGAUCCCAGAGCUUAAACUUGGAGAAAUUUCAGGGUACUAUAUCAUCCAAAGGAGGAGUCCAUGAUGGAGGCAGAGGUAAACUUGAGGACAGGAAGAUGCCACCCAAGCGUGUGGCUAAGAAAAGGUCACCCCCAGAAGAUGCUCUCCCCAAAAGCAAGAAAGUGAAGGACCCUCGUAACCAGGCAGUGAGGGCCGUUGCUUCCCACCGCGUUCCAGGCGCCCGCUACACCCGAGGUGCCUGCAGGCCGAGCCCUGCCGACCAGAAAACCCGACCAGUCUCACAUAGGUCCCACCGCACAGAGCCGGGCCUGGUGCUGACACUGGGCCAGGGUGACGUGGGCCAGCUGGGGCUGGGCGAGAAUGUGAUGGAGAGGAAGAAGCCAGCUGUAGUAACCAUUCCGGAAGACAUUGUGCAGGCUGAGGCUGGGGGCAUGCACACCGUGUGUCUAAGCAAAAGUGGCCAGGUCUACUCCUUUGGCUGCAACGAUGAGGGUGCUCUGGGAAGGGACACAUCAGUGGAGGGCUCAGAGAUGAUUCCUGGGAAAGUGGAACUGCAAGAAAAAGUGGUGCAAGUGUCAGCAGGAGACAGUCACACAGCGGCGCUCACCGAGGAUGGCCGUGUCUUCCUCUGGGGCUCCUUUCGGGACAAUAAUGGUGUGAUUGGGCUCUUGGAGCCCAUGAAGAAGAGCAUGGUACCUGUGCAAGUGCAGCUGAGUGUGCCUGUGGUGAAGGUGGCCUCGGGAAAUGACCACUUGGUGAUGCUGACAGCUGAUGGUGACCUCUACACUUUGGGCUGCGGGGAACAGGGUCAGCUGGGCCGUGUCCCUGAAUUAUUUGCCAAUCGUGGUGGCCGGCAGGGCCUUGAACGACUCCUGGUCCCCAAGUGUGUGAUGUUGAAAUCCAGGGGAACCCGGGGCCAUGUGAAAUUCCAGGAUGCCUUCUGUGGCGCCUACUUCACCUUUGCCAUCUCCCUCGAGGGCCAUGUGUAUGGCUUUGGCCUCUCAAACUACCAUCAACUUGGAACCUCAGGCACAGAAUCUUGCUUUGUACCCCAGAACCUGACCUCCUUCAAGAACUCUACCAAGUCCUGGGUGGGCUUCUCUGGUGGCCAGCACCAUACAGUGUGCAUGGAUUCGGAAGGAAAAGCAUACAGCCUGGGCCGGGCUGAGUACGGGCGGCUGGGCCUUGGAGAGGGUGCUGAGGAGAAGAGCAUGCCCACCCUCAUCUCCAGGCUGCCCACUGUCUCCUCAGUGGCUUGUGGGGCCUCUGUGGGCUAUGCCGUGACCAAGGAUGGUCGUGUUUUUGCCUGGGGCAUGGGCACCAACUACCAGUUGGGCACAGGACAGGAGGAGGAUGCCUGGAUCCCCGUGGAGAUGACAGGCAAACAGCUGGAGAACCGCCUGGUUCUCUCUGUGUCCAGCGGGGGCCAGCACACAGUCUUACUGGUCAGGGACAAGGAACAGAGCUGAUGAAGCUUCUAGGGCCUGGCUCCCGGCACCCCCCCGCUCCCUUCUGGAACACAGAAGCUGUGAUGACUCAGACUCCAACAGGCCUUCCCCAACCCCAAGUACUUUGUCAUCACCUGCCUUUUUUCCAUCCACAGAACAGAAUCACUUUCCUCUUUUUUA